AUGAAGCGCGCAUUUGGAUCAGAACUAACUUUGGACAACUCUUCAUCUCAUCUUCGUACCACCUCUACAAGGAAGAAUAAUCAACGAGAGCAGAGCCGACUAGAGUGUCGGUCUCUGACGUCCACACCGUUUGACCUGCCGGUGCUUCUAACGGAUUUGCAUCCUCCGGACUCACGUAAUCAGCAAAUUAAAACAAGCCAAUCAUCACAAAAAUCUGAAGUAAAGACUCAAGAUGAUAAAGAUCGAUUUAUUACUCCCAAAGUAUCGCGACUUUGCUCAAGAGAAGAAGAAGAGCGCAAAGUGCGAAAAAUUGAAGCUACGGUGCUCAAGAGUAUCAUGAGACGGCGGCAUAGAGUGCGGAAACUUGGAAGAAUGAAAUUAACGAUGAAAGAAAGGCUAAAAGAGAAGUUAUGGAAGGAUCUGAGCAGGUAUGGCCUUUGGCCUAUGGGAGAUUACGCCGACCAACAUUCAGUGGAAACGGCAGUGGAAGCUAUUUGGAAUCAGUGGCAGAAGAAUACAGAACGGACGUCUACGAGUAAUAUGAUUAGCGAAUACAGCGAUGCUAGGGGAGAAGAUUCUGUGCUUUUGGACGAGGUGAGUGGUGCUAGUGAAAUAUCUAUGACUGGAGUGAUGUCGGUGUCGAGCUCAUUGGCGGCGGAAACAACCGAAAUGGAUAGUAAAAAUACAGCAAACAUGAUGGUAUCGGGUGGCUAUCCCGACUUUGACAAUUUUGAGAUAGCGAAUGAGAAAAGUAGUCAACCAAAGGUUGAAUCAUCGACAUCUGAUCUGGAUGCGAACAUUCAGACGCCUGGAUUGAAACGACGCGAAAGAUUGACUAACUUGCGCCAUUUUGUGGAAACGCAAUUACAGAAGCGAUUGUUUAAGGCACAGGAUAUCAUUGAAAAUGCGUUUACAGAGAGUGGCCGGAUGACGGUUGAUCAAAUUAUAGAUAUUCUCAAGCACUCGAAUGUUCAGUUUAAUAAGAAGGAUGAGCAGAAGAUUCAAAACCUUUUUGAAGAACACUCUAAAGCAACAUCAACAGCUCGAGAUGGAGGCGAAGAAAAAAUUGAGCAAAUUCACGAUUAUUCUGAGCGAGUGAUGAGUACAUUAGUGUUUACCUACGAUGACUUUUGUCAGCUCUUCUAUCCAACUGACCCUCAAGAGGUUUUGAAGUGGAAACGCGAAUUUGAAGCCGAUCGACUACGUCAAAGACAGGAGAAAGAGAUAUACAUCAGGGAGCUAGAGGCACUGGAAGAUAAAGUUCGGCAACGCCUAGAAAAUUCAGCCAAGCCCAUGAUUGAAGCUCUGACGCACUUUCGCUGUGACCCAAAAUAUAUUCCGUGGGAAAGUGAGCACCAGCGAUUGCAACUUCGACUUCAACUUUUUAAAACCGAUCUAAAAUCAUUACAGAGCCAACAGGUAGGACAAUCUUUAGGCGGAACCCCGCAUGCAAAAGGAACAGAAAGCCUAGAAGAACAGAUAAUGCAUAGUGCCUCGAACAGAAUGUCUAUCAAACUUGCUUUGUCCAGUCUUCUACAACGAUACUCAAGAGAUGGGCAUUUUGAUGGUAUUGACAUAUCGACUGCAGCGUACUUGUAUCAUGAUAUAGCAGCUGAUAUCAUUAAGGGAAGGAUUUGUCGGUAUCGGGAGAGAUGCACGAGUGAUCAAUGGCCUGAGCGGCAAUUAGUCCUUCAUUUUCGUAUGAAGAAGCAAACGUUUAAUGAUUGGCGUGUGUUUGCCAAUUAUUCAAGGACUCUGGAAAAAUACGUUUUGCGCAAGUUUGUGGCUUGGAAAAAUAUGACACGAAAGCUGCAUGAAUAUCAUGCUUUCUAUCGUACCAGCUUCUGGCCUUUUUACGUCUGGAAACGUCAUCUUCAGCAAAUGAUCAUUGCGCGUGGCAAAAAAAUCUUUCUUAUGAAUGUUCUGCAAACGUACACAUUGCUUCGACAUUUUCGAGCACAGAAGCUAUGGGUUACCAAAAAGAAAUGGAACAAAAAUCAAAUCGCUUGUAUGCGAAAGAGAAAAGCACAUAAAACCUAUCGCAUUUGCUGGACUUCGUGGAACGAUCGAUCUCAAAAGUUACGCCGAACACGCCAGAUCUGGCAAAAUCACGGGAGGAGGUUUCGGCGACAUGUAUUUUACAUUGUAAGGACAGCCUUUUUCGUAUUGCGCUACUUCACAAUUUUGAGGAAAGAAAUGAAGCGGCGCAUGUACAAAACAUUUUUGAGCGAAUUUUCAAUAUGUGCACAAAGAAAUAUUGUGGCGGAUCACCAUCAUCAACUACAGGAUACUUACCCACACCAAGUAUCAUUGUUGUCUGGCGCAUUUGAGCUUGAGAAGGCGUCAUUAUCCCAGUUUAGUUAUUCGACUUCUCCUCAUAACUCAUCUUCGCUUGAACGGGAAACUAGCAUGGACCUGCGAAACUCUAGUAUAUUAUUGCCGACUGACGAUGAGGGCAAUAUCAAGAUUUUGCCGGAUAAUUUUAACGUCAAAAAGCUUUGCGCUAAGUCUUACGACAGCAGUAGUGUGAAUUUCAUCACGUGGAUCAUGGAAAGCGCAGUAAGCAAGCCAGACAAUAACGAAAGUCUGCUUCAAACGACAUUUCUUAAUUUGUAUAUGUCAUGCUGCAGACAGGACCGCAUCAACAUGAUCGGUAACGUGGUUGCCUAUCGACGGUUAGGGCAAAUGUUUAUGAAGAAUUUGCACAUAUUGAUUCGCCAACGCAAAUUGAAUCGUUUUGCUAGCGAUCUAGGUGCAUUUCGCGUUGCGACCUCUUACUUCCAUCAGUGGAUGAUUGGCACCAUUUCCAAAGCGACACAAAUCGACAAUGCGAAGCGUAUGGGACAGAAGGAUGAAAUUGGGACAGAUUCCGAUCGAAUCAAAAUACAUUGGCGAAAAGACCGACAAUGGCGUACUCAAGCAAUUGCUGAAAACACAAUUCGAGCACAACAACUUCGCGAGAACCUUCUUGCUAUUAAAGAAAGUAAUAGAUUACAAAUGGAAAACUUAAGGGAGCGUGAAUUAAUUCUUGAGUCAAUGCGAGCACGUGAAGUUAACUUUCUCAAAAAAGAAAGUGAUGCAACUUUAGAGGUAAAGGCGGCUCAAAUGCGACUGGUUCAGCAAAUGAUUUCGCAACGGGCACGACUUCUUUAUGAUGCGAUAGAUCAUGUUUUUGAUGUCUUUCUUUUGCAAUACAAACGUCAGCAGUUGAAAUCGAGCUUCCGUUGUCUUCGCAUUGCCGUCAUGAUGCAGUACACGAACACGCUUUGUCAUCGAGCGAAAAUCCGUAACUGGCUCCGCCUUUGUCACCGCUUAAGUUACUGGGAAAGAAACAUGAGCGCAUUCUACAAACUCAAAAAAAAGUAUAACGCCUUCAAGGCGCUAUUAAAGCAUGCUGUAUGGAAGUGGAAAUUUCAGUCACCUGACCUUUUACGUAAACUCCAGCGCUCGCAAGAGCUUUUGUGGAAGUAUGACCAUUAUAUGGAAACCCAAGGGGUGCUAGAUGGUAGCCCAGAAUCUUUGAGUCUUGUUAAAACAAAAUUUUCGCCCGCAAACUUGUUUCGGGGCGUUUUUCUACGCUGGACUCAAUUUGCUCAGCGUUCAAGAGCGCGAAAAGGGAUUGUCUUACACGCACGUCGGAAACGGGGGAUCUGGUUAAUGCAUACAGUAUUCUUUGCUCUGAAUAAUCGAGUGAAGGUGCGGUACACAUUCGAACAGCGGUGCGCUCAUGUACCAUACUUGUGGAGACAUAUUGAGGCCGACCUGGACAUUUAUCGCUGUAAAAUCAUUGCACAUGAGCAGCGUCUGCCCACAACAACAUUAAAGGCUCAAUUGAUCCGUUCCUGUAAACUAGUACGCAAAACCGCAAUCAGCUCGCCAUCAUUGAAAGCGUUAGUUCAAGAACAUGAGAAGGAAGUCCGCCAACGGAUGCAACUCGAGAGGCAAUUGAUGCUUGUGGCGUACGAAGAACGUGCGGUCCACAAAUUUGCUGAGAGCUCAUCCAGUUUAGUUGGCACAGCAGCAGGAAAAUUGUUCGUGCACGACAAGGUGCCCGAGUUUUAUAGUAUUACCGAAAUUACAAUUAUCAGUGGUAAGAGGGUGGAAGGAAUUUGCGUUGUGAUAAAGGCACCGGGGUAUGAUGAUCGUCAAGCUUUCACUUAUGGAAAAUCUUCCGGAAAUCGCGAGGCUUUCACGUUACGAAGGGACGAGAAACUUGUGAGCGUCGAAGGUUUCGCAUCACAAUCAAUACAUGGUCUUAGGUUUGGCACGAGCUUUGGGCGGUAUUCAAAUUGGUUUGGCCAUUGUGAGACAGGAUCGAAAUUUGAUUUUCAUAGCAAGUUUAUAAGCAAGCAGGAAGAAAUCAUUGGUUUUUUCGGGUAUACUGAUGGCGCGUCUAUCAAUUCAUUAGGUGUUGUGAUGAGGCACGCUACUUCAACAAACUUGUUUGAGGGUUUGUGGGUGCAGCAGGACGCAAAAUCACAGCAGUCAUUAAAGCAAGGACUUAUGGACGCUCCACCAUUAUGCGACCGGCAGUUUGCAUACUUUCUUCAGGUUCGUGCGUGCGAGGUGAUCGUGGCAAUGAAAAGAGCACACCUCUUUGUAACAAAUGUGUACAGAAACGUACAGACGCUGCCGCCUGCUCUAACAAAUGUCCGAAUCAUGCUGGCAAUUGCAAAAUGGAUGUUCAACGCUCUUUCGCACGGGUUGGUCCACUGUACUGGACGUGAAGAGGAGGGGAAGGCAAUUUUAGCGAGUGGUCAAGAAAAAUACGUUCUUGGGGAAAAGCUUUGGAGUGAUGGAGCCCGCACCAUACAAAGAGUGGACGGAUAUCGUGAUCGUGCGGGGCAGCUGGAUGCAUCGACAUUAGGAGUAAAAAAAGUUAUGAAAUUGCAAGAAAUGAUGGAUCAUGCUCAGCAGCAAAUGAUUCGAGGAGGCCAGCUAAGGAAUGACGGUCAGCACGAGAUGAUGCAUAGCAGACAAUUUCUGCCCUACCUUCCGACUACAAGGCGCAUGAUCUCGACUGUUUCUAAAAUUUACAAAGUCGUACAAGCUAAAGAUGAAAUAGACCGAGUGGAUCCAGAAUUGCGAUCUAAUCUUUUGCUUGAGAAGAAUAUUGGAUAUCAAGCCGAAUAA